AUGCCUGACGAGACGGUUACUGCUGCUGAGCCGGGAGUGGGGACGCCUAACGUCGAGCGGGAUAUCGAGGAUGAAGAAGAGAAGGAAGCUGAGCAGGCUCGGGAUGUGGAGAAGGGUGGUGUUCCAGUUGCGACCGGGGCAGAAGAAGUGAGCGGAGGGAAGGAGGAGAGAGACCCGAAUAUGAUCUCCUGGGACGGGCCUGACGACCCUCUAAACCCGCAGAAUUGGUCGUUUGGUCAAAAGUGGGCUGCCAUGGGCAUUGUCAGCGUCUUUACUUUCAUGAGCCCGUUAUCAUCCUCGAUGGUCGCUCCCGCUCUGCCGCAGAUCUCACGCGACCUAGGCAUAACAGGCGACCCCACACUCUCGAGCAUGACACUCUCCAUCUUCGUACUCGGCUUCGCAGUCGGCCCACUCGUCCUCGGCCCCCUGAGCGAAAUCUACGGCCGAGUCCGUGUACUGCAACUCGCCAACCUCUUCUUCCUCAUAUUCAACAUCGCCGGCGGCUUCGCCCAGUCCAAAGGACAGAUGAUGGCCUUCCGUUUCCUCUCCGGUUUCGGCGGUGGCGGGCCCAUAGCGCUCGGUGGGGGGGUGCUGGGGGACAUGUUCCUCCCCGAGCAGCGUGGGCUUGCACAAGCACUUUACUCUCUCGGCCCGCUCAGCGGCCCCGCGAUCGGGCCUAUGAUAUCGGGCUUCAUCGUCCAGUCUAUUGACUGGAGGUGGAUUUUCUGGAUAACGAGUAUCGUCGACGGGGUUAUUCAAGUACUUGGCCUGAUCCUCCUCCGAGAAACGUACGCGCCCAAGCUCCUGGGCGACAAGGUCCGGCGUCUAAAGCGCGAAACGGGGAACGACAAGCUUUAUUCGGUGUACGACAAGCACGACCGGUCGAUGCGCGCGAUCCUCAGCCGGGGCAUGGUCAGGCCAUUCAUCUUCCUAGGCACGGAACCGCUCUGCCAGAUCAUAGGCACGUAUAUGGCGCUCAUGUACGGCGUGCUCUAUCUCCUGUUGACAACGUUUGCCGAGCUGUGGGUGACGGAGUAUGGGGAGAGCAGCGGCAUAGCUGGUCUGAACUAUCUGGCUAUUGGUGCCGGGUAUACGGCCGGCUCACAAAUCGGCGCCUGGCUAAUCGACGCCACCUACCGCCGUAUGAAAGUGAAAAACAACGACAUAGGCCUUCCCGAAUUCCGUAUCCCAAUCAUCCUCGUCUCCGCGCCCAUUUCCGUGCUCGGGCUGAUCCUCUACGGCUGGACAGCGCAGUACAAGGUCUUCUGGUUUGUCCCCGACCUGGGAGUGUUCAUCUAUGGAAUGGGGACGUUGAGUGCUUGGCUGGCGAUACAGACUUAUUUGGUGGAUACCUAUACGCUGUACGCCGCGAGUGCGAUCGCCGCUACGGCCCUGUAUAGGAGUUUGCUGGGGUUCGCAUUCCCGUUGUUUGCGAAUCAAAUGUACGCUGCUAUGGGCCAAGGAUGGGCAAACACAAUGCUAGCCUUCAUUACGCUCAUCAUUGGCGUACCCGCUCCUCUCGUUUUCCUCAAAUACGGCCACAAGCUACGUGAGCGCAGCUCAAUGGCGCGCAAAUCCAGGAUCAUCCGAUAA